AUGAAGCGGGGUCCCUGUCAGACACAAGUUCACGGAGUAACCCGUGAAGUGAAAGAUGGUAUGGAUGAAGACUCGAGUACAGACCUGGGCUGUGAUGGAAUCUGGAACAGCAACAAGAUGUACCGUCUUGCUGAACCUAUCAACAAACACAAGAUGUACCAUCUUGCUGAACCUAUCGACAAACACAAGAAUACCAGUAUUCUUGUGAGCGUCAUUGGGAAACCCGAAGACGAAGUCCAUCGAUACGGACUGCCAGCACUCUGCCGGAAUUGGUAG